AUGGGGGGCGCUCCCCCCAGCGGGUCUGCUCGCCUCAAUGAGCUUCUGGAGCAGAUCAGAGUCGAGUUCGACACGAAUUUACGCCAGGCCGAGGGCUUUGAGCAUCAGAUCUCGGCGCAAGUGAGCGAGAUGCAGCUCGUGAGGGAAAAGGUUUACGCCAUGGAGCAGACCCACAUGACUUUGAAGCAGAAAUACGAAGAAGAGAUCAGCAUGCUUCGGCAUCAGCUCGAGGCCGCCCGCAAAGGCGCACCUCCGUCGGCGAUGCCCGGGCCUCCCCAGCACGCCGGGCCUUCCCAGCAGCCUCCCGCCAUCGCUCCCGGCAACGGCCUCUUCAGCGGCAUCAUGGCCGGGGGGAACCAAGCCGGCCUUGCGCCACCCCAGCAGCACCCUCCUCCUCCCCAGGAGCAGCAGGUCGGACCGCAGCAUCAGAUGGCGCAGGGUCCCCCGGGGCUUCCCGUCCCGCCGCCGCACCCGAACGCCCAGCAACCUCCGUACCAGCAGGGCUAUCCUCAGGGCCCCGUCUCCAACGGCAUGGGACCGCAGCCGCCGCAGAGCACCGCGUCGCCCGGUCCCGGCAGGCGAGGCGUCGGCCGGCCCCCAAACGCCGUCGGCCCGGCCACGCCGCAGAUCAACACGCCCGUCCCGUACCCCGGAAACGCGCAGUCGCCCCAGGUCAGCCACCCGACGCCCGACCACGCACGCAUGGGUGGUCCGCGAGCACCGCCAGUCGGCAAUUCGCUGGGAGACCUCGAGGUCGACACCGUCGCGCCCCACAACAAAAAGACGGGCAGCGACUGGUACGCCAUAUUCAACCCGCAAGUGCAGCGUGUCUUGGACGUCGAUCUGGUGCACUCCCUCACCCACGAGAGCGUCGUGUGCUGCGUUCGCUUCAGCCACGACGGCAAGUACGUGGCCACGGGCUGCAACCGCUCCGCCCAGAUCUUUGACGUCCAGACGGGCGAGAAGGUGUGCGUUCUGGAGGACCACAACGCCCAGGACAUGACGGCCGACCUGUACAUCCGCAGCGUCUGCUUCAGUCCCGACGGUCGAUAUCUCGCGACCGGUGCCGAAGACAAGUUGAUUCGCGUGUGGGACAUUCAAUCCAGGACGAUCCGCAACCACUUCGCCGGCCACGAGCAAGACAUCUACUCGCUCGACUUUGCUCGGGACGGCCGCACCAUCGCAUCCGGCAGCGGAGAUCGAACCGUGCGACUCUGGGACAUUGAGCAGGGCACCAACACGUUGACGCUGACCAUCGAGGACGGCGUCACCACCGUUGCCAUCUCCCCCGACACGCAGUACGUGGCUGCCGGCUCGCUCGACAAGAGCGUCCGCGUCUGGGACAUUCAUUCGGGCUUCCUCGUCGAGCGUCUGGAAGGUCCCGACGGACACAAGGACUCGGUCUAUUCCGUCGCCUUCUCGCCCAACGGCAAGGACCUCGUCAGCGGCAGUCUCGACCGGACCAUCAAGAUGUGGGAGCUGAGCUCGCCCCGCGGUCCCGGCAACAACGGCCCCAAGGGCGGCAAGUGCGUCAAGACGUUCGAGGGUCACAGGGACUUUGUCCUGUCGGUCGCGCUGACGCCCGACGCGAACUGGGUCCUGUCCGGCUCCAAGGACCGUGGGGUCCAGUUCUGGGACCCCCGGACGGGCACGACGCAGCUGAUGCUUCAGGGACACAAGAACUCGGUCAUCUCGGUGGCGCCGAGCCCCCAGGGCGGCUACUUCGCGACGGGAUCCGGCGACAUGAAGGCUCGCAUCUGGUCUUAUCGCCCAUUCUAG